AGCGAUUUGUUUAAUCUUUUUUUUUUUUUUCUCCUUCUCUCUCUCGCCUCCACUCUUUCUUUUCAUGUGUUAAAGAGCGCCACUAUUUUGGCCCCAUCUCUCUUCUGCCCCUUGCGACUUGAAGUGUUAUUUCCUCACACAGAUUUCGUCUAUUCUGUAUAUGACAAGACGCACAACCGCAUCGCGCCCACCAAGCACAACGCCCAGUGCGGGGGGCGCUCCGCCUGGGAGAUCAUCCAGCAGACCAGUGACUUCGCCGGCGGGAGGAAUCCAGUCAGCAAUGGGAGCCGCGGCCUGGAGCCCAUCCUGAGGUUCGUGCAGCAGGCCAACCCGCGCUUUGUGUUGGUCAUCGAGGACACCGCCACCAUGAACCUGCAGCGGCGGUGGGAGUUUCUCAGGAAGGCGAUGCGCCGUGUGGUGGUGUACGACGUUCCAGACGGGGCACACAUCGGCGUGGUCACCUUCCGCUCAGUGGCCAGCACCGUGGCGCCGCUCACUUACAUCGAGAGUGAAGACUCUGACAUGAGACAGCGGGUGGGAUCCUCCCUCCCCCGCAACCCGUCCACAGUGCCCGAGAGCCAGAAAUGUCUCCUGUGCGGCCUGCAGGAGGCGGUGCGCGUACUGGAUGAGGACAACAAGGGUGCCAACGGUGCCACGAUUAUCCUCGUCACCACGGGUUCGGGCCCCGCGCCACGCCGGGAAGUGGACGAGAUGAUUACUUUAGCAGCGCAGCGGAACUUGAGGAUCGAGGUUGUGCUGUACCCUCUAACGGAGCGACGCGGUGCCGCCUCGGCAUCCCAUGGUCUGGAGCCCCUCGUGGAGGCGACGCACGGCACGCUCCACACGGUAAUGGACGAGGGCGUUGGCAACGACUCAAAGGUGAAGAUGAUGGUGGCCCUGAUGGACGCCUUGCUGGCCGCUGUGCAGCGUAACGCCCCGCCAUCUUCAAGCUCCACGGUGCUUGUCCACAGCGCAGACUACCCCGGCGGCAUUGCUUCCAUGUCUGACGGCUCUUUCGCCCUGGACUCUUCGCUGGGACCCGACGCUCGUUUUUCCGUCUAUUACUACGACCUCAACCAUGUGGGUAACAUUAUUCAGCUGACGGCGCCCUCAGGCCACAUGAUCGCCUCAGUCAAUGUGCAGGAAGAGGAUGGUGAUGUGAACAUGAUCUUCGUCAACUUGGAGAAGGCUGAGCGUGGUUUGUGGGCGUACAGCGUGGAGAACCGUGCUGACUCCCACCAGGGGCUGUACGUGCAGGUCACCGCCAAGCGUAACUCCUCCUCGGGCCUCAACGUGCGCCUCUGGACCAGCUCAGGCUCGCGCACUAUCAAUUCCUCGGACCCAUCCUCGCCCGUGAGGCUGUACGCUGAGGUGAAGAUGGGCGUGGCGCCGGUCAUGAAGGCCCGCGUGGUGGCCAAGCUGCAGCGCCUCGGCACCAACACCACAGGCAGCAACUACCGACCCAUCUACCUCGACCUUUGGGACAACGGCAUUGGUGACCCGGACAUCACCCGUGGCGAUGGCAUCUACUCCCGCUACCUGCCUCCGCUCCAGGGCAACCCGGGUCGCUACCUGCUGACAGCCGACGUGGACUACAACAGCGGCCUGGCGGUAGUGGCUAAGGGGCCGCCGACCCGCCAUCACAAGGUGCCCGCCUCACACCUGCCGCACUACUACCAGCACGGCUACGACACCUGGAGCAGCGACCAGACGUGCUGCGGCUACAGCUUGUCUCAUGUACACACUCGCCGCGCCGCGCCUUUCCUGCGGCACGUGACGUGGGGGGUGCUGGAGGUGGUGUCUCCCUCACCCUCUCGCGACGUGACGCCGCCCUCUCGCAUCCUCGACCUACGCGUCGAGGUCAACGACACAGUGCACGAGAUUACACUGCGCUGGACCGCCCCUGGGGAUGACUGGGACGUGGACCGUUCUCACCACUACGAGGCGGUGGUGGCUCCCCUGUGGCGCGAGGCGAGAGCUUUCCAAGGGGAUCACCUGACGGGCCUACCGAAGCCACUGCCCGCAGGCGCGCUGCACACCACUAACCUGCACUUCGUCAGAUAUGAGGAGCUCUGGUACAUCAGUCUACGGGCGGUGGACGAGGCAGGAAAUGUGGGCGGUGUUGGGAACAUCGCAGCCCUUUGGGUACCACGCCCUCCCACCACCUACGAGAUCACCACCAGGACUCAGCCGGCUCUCACCACCUCGGGCAACUACACCAUGCCCUCGGAGCUCGGGUCUGGCAGGCCGGUGGGCAUGGCGGACCUGCAGCUGGAGGAUGUGGCAGUCAUUCUGGGGAGCAUUGGAGGCUUCCUGAUAGUGGUGGCGGUGCUCGCCUCCUACUGUUACUGCCACACCACCAGGCGGAGGAAGCAGCAGCGUGAAAAGGACGCCGAAAAGGUGCAGGGGAAUGGCAGCAGCGGCGGUAAUGUGCUGGUGAAGUCCGGGUCGCUGUGUGGCGAUGAGCGCGGCGGCGGCAGCCACGAGUCCCUGGACAGCGUGGUGAAGGACGCGCCCGAGACGGCCAGGGACGGCCGCCCGCUCUCUCCCGUCCAGUCAUGGGGAGCCACCACCCUCCUACAGGAACACGAGCGUCGACUGUCCAUCCACAGCGGGGCCCCCGAUGAGAAUCAAGUGACCUACCAGGUGGACGGCGCCCCCCUCCAUGCCCCCUUUCCUGACGUGACGGUGACAGACUACCGCCCGGUGCCUACAGGCAGUGAGCCCCCAGUCUACCUGCCGUGCCCUCACGAAGAGAACCCCUGCUCCUGCACCGCCCCAGGCCCGGACUACACCAGCUACGCCGCCGCCUGGGACGACCCGCUCACCGGCCACCUGCUGGCCCGCGCCCGCCCUGCCGCCCCUGCCGGGCCCACCGGCCCAGCCGCCACCGGCCCCAUGCAGGCGAUGCCGCAGCAGGCGGACCGCAAGCGCCGGAACGUGACCCAGGUGUAAUUGUCCUCGGGCGGCGAGCAGUGCCAAGAGGCUGAGGCGUGUGGUGCUCCCUGCUCAAUUCCUCCAUACUGUACACUGUGAGGCGCACGUCCGCUGUGUGCCCUCUCUGUGCUGGUGCGUCGCUGGCUUCACACUCGCUGUUCUGAAAAUAACACGCAAGACUCUUCCUCAAGUGAACAUAACGACUGUGUUGAACGCUGCGUGGUGAGGCCGCGCGUGCCGCUGCGACUUCGGCCUCCCGUGACGAGGAGGCCGCUCCGGCAGUCUCGCCAGGAACUCUGGAGGAUGAGUCCGAUCAAUCAGACUUUUUCUCGCCACAGCCGGUGAGUGACCUCGGCUCGGCGAGAUGUGUGCGGGUCGGCGCGCUCCGCGGCUCCUGAGGUGGAGGCUCGACCCUCCCGAGCACCGUGAUCUCACCUGCAUUAUCCUGUAACCGUUACUUCAGCUUUCCGACUGAAUGCCGAGUGAAUGAAACCAUUUUAUUUCGAGUGAAGUGUAAAGAGAACGAAUGCGAGGGACCAAACUAUAAACUAUUCCGCUAUGUUUCAACAACUUUACAUAUUAUCUUUUUAAUGAUCGUCUUUUGUUUGACAGAACGCAUAUCAUAGCUCAUGUAUCAUAAACUAGCAACACUCCAAAAAUAAUGUAGAGGUUUAAUGUUUAAUGUGAUACUUGUAAAUAACUUGGUGUGACAAGCCUCUCUAGUAUUCUUUAUCUUUCAAUUCAUCUCAUUUACUUCUCCUGAUCUACCUACUCACAUACAAUUAUAAUUCUCGAAAUAAUAAUAUUAAAAAAACAUCAAUCUUUGCUUCCUUUUUUUUUUUU